AGUGGUUGACGGGAAGUGAUCUCAGCGGAGGGUUCUCAUCAAUGGAUGGCUACGGAGGGGAGGGGAGUCGACAGGACAUGCGGCCACCCCUCCCCGCACAACAGCCUCAGGGACACCAGCUGAUGAGGCUGGAGAGCGACGAUCAUGGUCUUGGGAGGCGAGUGGCCACCGGACCGACCAUUACCCACAGCUCCACAAACAAGGUGGGCCUGGAGAGUGAGAGUCACGGCACACCCGUGAGCAGGGCCCCCAGAAAUGGCGUCAGCCUGAGCAGGAGAUAUCACUGUUCAUACUGCACCUACAGUUCAUCUGUUACCACCAACUACAGGAAUCAUAUGCGUACUCACACAGGGGAAAAGCCUUACUCAUGUCCUCAUUGUCCAUACAGUGCAACCACAAGAACCACUCUGAAAAGGCAUGUACGAACUCAUACUGGAGAGAGACCAUAUGCUUGCUCAUAUUGUUCAUACCGCUCAAAUCAGAAAGGAACACUCACAAGCCACAUACUUGCACAUCAUGCAACAACUGUUAGUGUGACUAAAAUGAGUCUUCACACUGGUGACCUGAGGACUGGCGGAAGACGAGGUGCAGGCGCGGGUUGCGUCUCCAUUGCCAGCCACAGGAUGCACCAGUGUCCCUACUGUGGCUACUCCGCAAGGAAGGCUGCUCACUUUAGCUCUCAUGACCCCAUAGACAGAGUAGGGCUGGACACAUCCCGUAGGAUGAGUGGCGGAGGAGGUGCACCUGGAGCUGAGAAUGACCACAGUACUGUCACUAAGAAGCGUAUGUGCCUCCACUGUCCAUACAGUACAAAUGUUGCCACAAACUUACGAAACCACAUGCGCACACACACAGGCGAAAAGCCAUUUUCGUGCCCAUACUGUCCUUACUCAGCCAUAACAAAGGACAACCUGAAGAGACACAUUCGUGGUCAUACAAGAGAAAGUUCCUUUGAGUGUCCCAUGUGCCCAUUCAAGUGUAUAGAUAAGAGUGCCAUCAUGAACCACAUGGUAACUCAUCAUCCACAAUGGUAUGCAAUAUUUUUCAUUGCAAAUAAAGUGAAAAAUGGAAUUCUUGCUGUUUAUUUUUUGUACAUUUCUCUCCUAAUUUGGAGCAUACUAGAUGCAUUGAACUCAGUGUACAACUGUGUUAAGGAAUGCAACUAUCAUGUUGAAAAGUGUAAAGCUUAUAAAGUUUCAUGGUUUACCAACUUGAAGGUGGUGCAGGGCAGAGGACGUGAAGAGACAGAUAAGAAGAACACAGGGGUCAAGCCAGGUGUGGUCAUCCAUAGGAAGAUGUACAAGUGCCCUGCCUGCCCAUAUGAUACAGUUUACCCAACAAAUUUGAGGAACCACAUGCGCACACAUACUGGAGAGAAGCCCUAUGCCUGUGCCCAUUGUUCCUAUCGGGCAAUACAGAAAGUGGCUCUGAAAAGUCACAUGUUAACGCACCACCCAGAUGUGAAUACAAUGUAAUGAGAUUUUUGCUUUUUUUUUAUGGCUACCAUUUACAUGUCAUGGUAUAAAUUCUAUUAUCCACACCUUUGUCUCACAACCAUUUUCUUGUAUUUUUUAUCCAUCAUUUUCAUAUUUGUAACAACUAAUUACAAAUAUCAUCAUUGACCUCGGGCUUAUAUGAAUUUUAGUGUUUAAUAAGGUGCCUCUUUAAGUAAAGUGUGUUUACUUAAUGCUUCUGGUAGAACUGAAGUUACACUGUACUUAUUACAGUUUUAUUUAUUUGAUUAUUAAUAACUUUCAUGAAAGUACUUCAACUGAUGUUUUAUUACAUAAAGAGCCAUUUGAUAUAUUAUAUGUUAUUUAUUCUACUUCCAAUCAUCCAUGUGCUUACACACACAUCCAGCACAUAUGUGCAGGAACAAACAUGUAUGCUGUCACACACCUGUAUAUGAACAUGUUUCCCCACAUUCAUACACACUUGCACACAUGAAUACACAUGUACUCAUACUUAGACACACACAUACUCACACUUGCAUUCACAUUCACGCUCACUUGCACACAUACACAUAAACG